AUCGUACAGAUUUGACUUACAACAUGGAUAACGACACUUAUUAUGAUGACGAUUAUUACGAUGAAGCAGUGCCUUGUAACCUGACGGGGUACAACAAGGAUGAAGUGAUCAUCCAAACAUACAUCUACUCCCUGAUUUGUGCUCUCGGCCUGGUGGGCAACGUUUUGGUCCUCGUAACGUACGCCUUCUACAGGAAAGCCAAAACCAUGACCGAUAUCUUCCUGGUUAACGUGGCAUUGGCGGAUCUCCUCUUCGUCGUGGCCCUUCCGCUGAUCAUAUACAACGAACUGUACAGUUGGAGCAUGGGCACAUGGGCCUGUAAGUUGCUGAGAGCCGCCUACAGCAUUAAUGUGUACAGUAGCACGCUCCUGCUAGCCUGCGUUAGCGGCGACCGCUACAUGUCCAUCGUCAAAGCCACACGAUCCGUCCAGAUUCGAUCGCAAGCUCGAGCGUACAGCCGCCUCAUCUGCGUGGUCAUAUGGCUGCUUGCAUUCAUUUUGUCUUCGCCUACGUUCAUAUAUUACAAGAUGGAACAGAACGAAUGCAUCAGCAUCUUUGAGAAACCUGAAACCGCCAUGCUAAUGAAGAUCCUGAUUCCCAGCAUGCAGAUGCUCAUCGGGUUCUUGGUGCCGUUGAUGGUCAUGGUAUUCUGCUACUCGUGGACCAUUGCGACGCUGCUCAAAGCAAAAACCUUCCAGAAGCACAAGGCGGUCCGAGUGGUUCUGGCCGUGGUCUCUGUUUUUGUCCUCUGCCAUCUGCCUUACAACGUGGCGCUCCUCGUCUACAUCAGCAAACUGUUCAGUGAGAGACUCUGCAAGGAGGAACAGCUGACUCUGAUGACGCUGUCCAUCAGCAGGAGCAUAGCUUACCUCCACUGUUGUUUAAAUCCCAUUCUGUACGCCUUCAUCGGGGUUAAAUUCAGGAGCCACUUCUGUCAGAUCCUACAGGACUUGCGGUGCCUGGGGAAACGGUACAUUUACUCGGGACGCUCCUCUCAGCAGACCUCUGACUUGUACGUAUCGGCAAUGAAAACCGUUGUUGAACACAAUCACGACAACCAAUCGUCAUUUACAAUGUGACAUGACAUUUUCGAGUGAUUGCUGCGUGGUUGUUCUCAAGAAAGCAGUGAAUGAUUCUGUGUAUGAUUUACCAAGUACUGUUAUAUGCUAAAUGUUUUGGUAACACUUUACCGUAAGCUCCCAUUAGUGAAUGCAUUAACUAACAUUACCUAACAAUGAGCAUUUGCUACAGUGAGGGAUUAUUUACAUCCAAGAAUAUGUGUAAUGAUCUAUGUUAAUGUUAGUUCAUAAAAAUAUAAC